GCCAUUGGCGACACUGCUUACUCCCCCGUUAUGGCGACGAAUCUAUGAACACAUGUGUCACGAGAAUCCACGAUUCGAGGAGUCUCAUUCACGCAGAGGAGAUUAAGGAGCUAUUCCUCGCACGUUGAUUUAUCGGAUUACGUGAUAAGAUAUAAUUUCGCCGCCCGAGCAACCCAGGUGAGCCGAACGGUCGGGGGAUUCUCGUUGCCAAGGCCGUUGCGUCGCCGUUUCGCCUGAUGCAACAGCACGCCGUACGUGCGAGAUUGAACUUCGCGAGCGCGAGUAUUUCACACCACGUUCUUUUGCGUUCGUCGACGGAUAGUGUCUCGACAGGCCUCUGACAGCUGCUGAUGAUUGUCCGAGAGCGGACGGAGCGUCACCACGGGAAGCAAAAAAGGUUGAAAACUGUUUGACUGUCGGUUCUGACAACGAGCGGACGAGCAUGUCUGCGAGGCAAGGCGGCAGGGCAAAUGCCCCGCAGAAGACGAGGGAGGAGAUCAAGGCGGAGCGCGAGGCGAGGAAGGCCGCUAAGGCCAACGCUAGGGCGAUCAAGACGAGCGGUGUCGAGAAUGCGGCCCCAGUGGCCAACUGCAAGGCCUCAACGGGGAAUGCGAAGGUAGACGUAGCAACGGGAAAAGCUAACGAAGCAGCAGGCAAGACGAAAGGUACGCCCGUGGCAGCUGACUGUAACGAGAAAGAUGCGAAAGCAAUAGGCGUGGCGACAAACGCGGCAGGCUCGCAUCAUAACGGAGAGGCGGCAGAUAAGGCGAUUCAGUCUACGGGCGUUGUUCAGAACGGCGCGUCCGAGGACAAGAGCAAGGCCGAGCUGCGCGCUGAACGGAGAGCCAAGCAAGAGGCCCAGAGAGCCGCGAAGCAGAAGCAGCAGCAGCAGCAGUCGUCGACGAAGAACAGCGCGAAGAGCGUGGAGGCUCCCAAACCACACGUGGAGGCUCUCAAACCACGCGCGGAGGCUCUCAAACCACGCGCGGAGACUGCGUCCGAAAGUCCGGUGACGAAAACGGUAGUCGCCAAGACGAACAGGAUAAGAGGGGACGAGCACGAGGUUCACUUGUUCAAACACUUGUAUCAAGAGAGGCAUGACUCGCGGUUCCACAUACCCAUGGUGAACGCGAACAUACACCUGGCGAUAGUCAAGCUGGGCGUUCAGUAUGCGAAUAAGAUUAUCGUCGGCGGCAACGCGAGAUGCCUUGCGUUCUUGGCCGCCAUUAAACAGAUGCUCCGGGACUUUGAGAGGCCGGUGCAGGCGGACUUUGUUCGUGGCUUCGAGGCGAGACUGAAGGAGUCGCAGACGUAUCUGCACCAUUGCAGGCCUCUGGGCGUCUCGAUGCAGAACGCCAUACACCACAUCCGGUGGCAGAUGACGCAACUUCCGACGACACUGGCGGAUGAAGAAGCAAAGAGUAAACUGCUAGACGUAAUAGAUACUUACAUCUCGGAGCAAAUUCAACUGGCUGGCAAAGCGAUAUCAAUAACGAUACAAAGUAAAAUAUCGGACGGUGAUGUUAUUUUAACGUACGGCUACUCGUCUUUAAUUAAUAAGAUAUUGAUGGACGCACAUGCCGUGGGCAAACAGUUUAGCGUGAUUGUAGUCGAUGGUAGGCCGUGGCUAGAAGGGAAGGAACAGUUGAGGCGUUUAACAAAACUCAACAUAGAUUGCUCGUACAUAAUGAUCAAUGCUCUCAGCUUUAUCAUGCCACAGGUCAGCAAAGUUUUUCUAGGCGCCCACGCGAUAUUAGCUAACGGAGCAGUAAUGUCGAGAGUUGGAACUGCGCAAGUUGCUCUGGUGGCAAAAGCCUUCAACGUUCCUGUUUUAGUAGCGUGCGAAACGCACAAAUCAAGUGAACGGGUACAGACUGACUCCAUCGUUCAUAACGAAUUAGGUAACGCAGACGAGCUCGUGAAUCAUCGAUCAAAGUGCAAGAGGUCACUGCUCUCAAAAUGGCGAAUGAAGAAAUCGUUAAACCUUUUGAACAUCACUUAUGACGUGACGCCGGCCGAUCUUGUAACGGCCGUCGUCACGGAAUUGGCGAUUCUGCCGUGUACCAGUGUUCCUGUGAUUUUACGGAUUAAGUAAUAUCUCGAGUAAAACCUUCCGAGUUCUGAACUAUACGUACGUUUUCUGGAAAACAGAUUGAAACGAAAAAUUGACCGACGCAUGACGGAGGCUGGGCUCGUUUGCAUUCGCCCGCUCCAUGACUUGGGCCGUGUGACUAUGGGAAAUACUCGUCUGUUUUAAAAGAGUUUCCCGGGGAUGCGGCCAUUCUGCGUUCACACAAUGGUCCGUCACCGAAUGAGAUACCAAACGUCACUCUCGAGACACGCUGCUAGCACGUUAUUUCUCACUUUAAAUGGUGAAAUAGAGUGCAAGCGAUAAGAGCAUCGAGUGUGGGGUCUGGAUAGCUCAGUAGGCAGAAGAGUUGCACGCAAGGUUCCAGGAUCAAAGCCUGGUCUAGUCCUCGCAAAGACUAUUAAGCGGCGCGUCUUACAGUUCUGUUAUCUGCUAGUAUCUAUUAGUGCCUCCCCGAAGAUACCAUCCCUAUUUAUUAUUAUGGAUACUUGUAUCUAUAAUAAUUUAUAUGUAUAUAUGUAUGUAUAAAAUACAUAUAUAUUUAUACAGGGUGUUAAUUAAAUACCGUCCACUAAGUACAAAGCGUUAUUCCUUGUAAAAAUUUCAGUCGAGAAGUCCUGAACCAGUUUUUUUCUAUCAUGCUUAAUAAUUAAUGAAUCAAUCCACUGAGCACCGGCCUUCAGCCGGGCGCACGUCAAUGAACCGCGCGCCUGGUAGUGUGCGCGAACGCUCGGCCGCCGGCGCUCAGUGGAUUGACUUACCUCAUUCAUUACUAAUUGUAAGAAUGAUAGGGGAAAAAAAAAGAUUCAGGACUUUCCGACUCAGAUUUUUAUAAGAAAUAACGCUAUGUACUUAGUGGGCGGGCUUUAAUUAACACCUUGCAUAUGUAUAUAUAUUGAUUUAAAUAUACAUAUAUUUAUAUAUAAUGUAUGUGUGUAUAUAUAUAAA